GUCCGGAGUAAUGCUAUUUACCAAUCAAGUAGGCUUUCAGUAAAGUAACAUUCACAGUACGCUAAUAUUACGGGUAAUUUCCAAAAUGUCUGCAAGCAGCAGUGUGUCAGUGGGAUUUCGCAAUGCGCCAGUGUGUAAGUUUCUUCUAGGAUCAGCAAUCAGCUCGUCAUUUUUACUGAAGUUUCCACUAAAACAACACCAAUCAUACUUUAUCUAUACACACAGCCAAGUGUUUGAUAAAUACCAGAUAUGGCGUGUGUUGACAUCAAAGCUGGCUUUCUUGGAUUUAAAAGAUUUGUUUGUCUGUUCUGUUCUUCUCUACUAUUUUAGAGUAUUUGAAAAAAGAUUUGGUUCCAGAAAAUUUAGUUCUUAUCUGCUAGGGUCAGGAGUGCUUACAAUAUUACUGGAGUUGUUGUGUGUAUUUUUGUGUCGGAAAUUGGAAGUACCCUUACAGCCUUUACCAACAGGACCGUUAUGCAUAAUAUAUCCAUUAUUUGUGCCAUUUUUCUGUGAUAUUCCACGAGUUGCACUCUCACAUGUAUGGGGUGUGCCAAUGACGGGGAAAUCUAUUUCAUAUAUCCUAGGCUUGCAGGCAGCCAGUACUUCACCUGAGUCAUUAGUAGUGGCAAUUUGUGGCUUGGUGGCUGGUAUUUUAUGGAGAGUUAAUUUUCUACACUUACAAUCAGUUAUUAAAGUACCACAUUGUUUGGCGAGAUUAUGUCAUCAUACUAUUGGCAGACUUUUCAACUCCAAAGAUGUACACGAAAAUACAACACACAUAGGAGCUACAAUUGAAAUACAGAGACAAGAAGCAAUGGAAAGAUUAGAACAACAAGUUAUAUGGAGAUCAUUACAGAACUCCAGACAUCAGCCACAGAACCUGGUGAAUGGUCCCGGUAUAUUUGGAGGUAUAAAUAACAAUGAUCAGGAUGACCUCCGGCAAAGAAUAGAAGAAGAUGUUGAGGAAAUGGAAGUAUCAGAAGAACAAGUACAACACAUGGUGGAGAUGGGGUUUAGUCAGGAUCAAGUUAGACAUGCUCUUCAAAUGUCAAAUAAUGAUGUUUCCAUGGCAACCAACUUCUUAUUGCAGCAAAAUUAAUAUUUUAUGGUGAUAAUGAAUAAAGUAAGAUUACAGUAUGAAUAAAAUGUGAGAAUACUAUGAAUAAAAUCUUGGAAGUCAGUAAAGAAUAAACUGGUGGUCAGUAUGAAUAAAUUCUGAGAAUACUAUGGAUAAAGUCUUGAAACCAUUAUGGAUUAAACUAGAGGACAGAACGAAUAAAAUAUGAGAAAAGUAUGAAGAAAAUCUGAAAAUAAUAUAAAUAAAGUCUUAGAACCAUUAUGGAAUAAAUCACAGUGCUGAAUGAAUAAAAUCUGAAAAUGUAUGAAGAAAUUCUGAGAAUAUUAUGAAUAAAGUCUUUGGAGCCAGUAUAAACUUGAGGAUUGUAUGAAUAAAAUCUGAGAAUAAUAUGAAGAAAAUCUGACAAUAUUUUGGAUAAAGUUUUGGAACCACUAUGUAUUAAAGCAGGGGACAGAAUGAAUAAAAUCUGAGAAUAGUAUGAACAAAAUGAAUAGUAUGAAUAAAAUCUGAAAAUACUAUGAAUAAAGUGUGGAACCAGUAUGGAUUAAACCAGAGGCCUGUAUGAAUAUAAUCAGAUUGCAGUAUGAAUAAAAUCUGAAAAUUGUUGAAUAAAAUCACCCAGCAGACUUGAGCUACUGUGAUGAGUAAAAACCAGAAUAUUAGAAAAUCUUUGGUUUAUUUUACAUGUGAUAAUUCCUUGGCAGAAAGACUUUGUAAGAAAUCUGCAUCAAAACACUGUUUUAUAAAAUUAAGUUAUUUAUUGCUGAAUGCCUGUCCUGCAGUAGUACGGUGAAACCUAUUCCGAGUGGCCUUCUGUAGAACAACUUUGAACUACAUGAUGUAACCUUUUACAGCAACAGUUACAAUGUUUGUACAAAGUGAUACUUCAUAAUAUUUUAAACUUGUCUAUUGUAACACCUGUCAACAACAACCAGAAUCUUUGCUGUUCAGUGAGUGCUGUUCUGCAGAAGUUGUUCUGUAUUUAUUUUUUACAUUGACAGGCAGUUAAGGAAUGUUGCUAGAGUAUUGAGCACUACUUAUACAAUUAUUGUGAAUAAUUGUUAUCUCAGAAUUGUUCAUGAAAAAUAAUUUGCCUCAAAUACCAGCAGGGACUGAAAGUGAUAUCCUUUGCAAUCAUUAUAGAGCCAGACCAGCUUGCCAGUCAAUGCAGUCUGACUUAGCACUUUUACCGUCAACUGACCAAUUUCAAAUUUUCAUAAUGAUAUCCCCGAAAUGGAUAAUGGUCUGUUCCAAAAAUGGAACCAGGACAAUUCUAUGUAAGAAAUUCAGUAGACAUUCGGUAAAAUAUUUGAUACUUUGAUAAAGUCAUAGACAUAUGGUCUGCUUAUUUAGCUGAACACGAAGGGUAUGAGAUGAGAUUCAAUUAUAAAUCGGCCUAGUCAAUAUUUUAAUAGUGGAUAUAAGGGAUGUUGUCUUGUGUAAUCCAACAUAGUUCAUUGGAUUAAUUGUUACAUUAUAUUCUAUAUGUAUUUAGUUAAGUUUGUUGAAGUUUUUCUGUAGCAAUGUUACUGGGAAAUCGUAUACACUUUUCUUACAAGUCUGUGUUAUUUGUCUAUCAAAUUCAUGCAAAAUUAAAAAAUUUGACCUUAAAAGUCAAGGUCAUUUAUGAGUCAAGGUCAAAUUUAGUUUUUUUUAGUUGAAGGGUAGUUGUGUCCAAGUAUGAAGACAAAUCAUUAAGAAAUAAUAAAAAAAUAUCUGGAUGGGACUGAGAACAGACACCAGGACUGUAGUAAUAGCUAAAACAUUUUUCUUUUAAAAAAUCAAGCUAAAAAUGACUUGACGUCUAAGGUCAGCUGUCAAAGAGAAUUUUAAAGGAACUCCACUGAGGUUUAUAAGCCUAAAAACAUUAAAUUUUAUUUUUUCACAUAGAAAAACAGGAACACUUAAAACAGAAAUAUCAAUAAAAUAUAAUCAAGACAUAUACAAGAAAUACAUUGAAAAUCAUAUGUUUGUGCUAUUCUCAGUCCGAUUUGAU